GAUGCAUGUUCUAUUAUGUUAAUUUUCCCAAUUAAGGUCGAGCUUGCAGGUGUAACAGUGUUGAAACGCAUGGUGUUAGUAAAUGUCUAUGGCGUGGCGUGACAGUACACCCCUCUUCUCCGGGAUAUAUGGAAAUCCUGUUCCGAAAUAAUUAAGCAUCUGCCAGUAAGGCUUGAGAGAGGCACAGCCACAUACAAACAAAACAUCAACUGCGCAACCGUUAGUCCAGCAAACAUUAUUGUGAAUGUGAAUAUGGCCAGAGCUCUCUUCUCUUCAUAAUAUCAACGACAAGUUAUCCAAAUUAAAAAACGUGAUCAUCCUCCUCACGAUGAGUUCUCUCACACAACUCCCAGAACUAAGGGCUACCUUAAGUCCGACCUGCGAGAUCCUAACGGAUCCUAAGGAUCUUAAGUUUGUGGAGCACCUGAAGCGAUGGACAGAUAUUGAUCUGAAAACUCCUGGCGCUAUAGUGCUGCCAAGCUCAGAGGCUGACUGUCAAAAGAUUGUAAGGAGCUAUUGCAUUUAGUCGUCUACCUUGAGUCCUUGCUAACGGGCAACCUAGGUGCAAUGGGCUUCCAAAUACUCUGUUCCUUUCGUAACCAAAAGCGGAGGUCACAGUGAAUGGUCUACUAUUGGCGGCGACGGCAUCAUUAUUGAUUUAAGCCUAUACAAGGGAGUAGAAGUGGACACAAAAUCUAACACAGCGACUCUCAAAGGAAGCAUCCUUUCUAAAGAUGUAGCUGUAGCACUUGCGGAUGCUGGAUUUUUCACAGGUAUAUAUUGACAAUUUCUUUUUUUAGGGAGCGAGGCUGAUUUAUUGCAUCUAGCUCUGGGAAAUGGCAAUACAGUGGGCGCCAUCCCCUACUUUCUUGGCGGAGGAGCCUCGAUUACUUCUUCUAUAACAGGCUUCGGAUCGGACCAAAUCCUCUCGGCGCAUAUGAUAACUGCAAAGGGAGAACUGCUAGAUGUGAACGACAAAACACAUCCAGGUCUUCUCUACGCUAUACGUGGUGCCGGGCAGUUUUUCGGCCUCAUCACGCAGCUUACCAUCAAGCUUCAUUCCUUAAAAGCCCUCGGAAACGAUAAAGGUGUUAUAUGGGCCGGUAGCUUUGUCUUUCCACUGGCUCGUGCCCGGGAAGUGACUUCUGUUAUGGAGGAUUUGAUGAAUGAUAGCCGCUAUGCAACAGCUGGCCUCAUGAUGAUCAUGGCACCACCGCCAGCACGAAACCCAUGUCUAGUCAUCGCGGCUCGCUACACCGGUAACCCCGACGACGCGCCAAAGGCGUAUAAAGUUCUGCAUGACCUUAAGCCAAUCGUUGCUCAUGGUGCUGCGGUACCCAUUCAAAAUGCAAGUGAUGGACGUGAGGCACUUGGUGCCAAGGGAGGUUUCAAACGCUUUGGUGUUGUCGGUCUCCACCGAUUCGACCAAGAAGGUUUUCUGAAAACCAUUGAUAUAUGGACAGAGAUGAUUGCCGAGUGUCCAGAUGCAAUCAAUACCGCGUUCAACUUCCAGUGGGACGCGAGACCCGUCAAGACGCCUGACUUCGAAUCAGCCAUGUGUCUUCAUGACAUCCGUUACUGGCAGUAAGCAAAACAUUUCUGACUCCUUUAUGAUGUUCCAUAAGCUAAUUGAUAUAGGAAUAACUUAAUCUGGCACACAGAUGCUAAGAAUCGCGCCAAGGUCGACGAAUUUAAUGCUAAAUCUAUUACUGCUGUGCGCGGCGACGACGUGGCAAAUUUUGCGGACUUCCAGAACGGUACUAGGGUGGAUCCUAUUGAGCGCAGGUAUAGAGGGGGAGAGAGGCUUGCUCGUCUGAGAGCUUUGAAGAAGGAAUGGGAUCCAACGGGUGUAUUUACAAGUCAAUUACUCUAGUAGCCUAGGUAUGGUUCAAAUCUUACAAAGGAAUUUCGGUAAAAGGUACAAAAUCUUAUGAAUUUCUAAGAUCUACAUUAAGGUUAUUCCUGUCCGUGCAUGAAAAGCAUCUAAGGAGUUGCAAAAUCAACCAAAAUGCUCUAGAUACUUGCAACUAAUUGAUGAGAUUCUCCUUAGAGGCUAUAAUUUGUCUAUGCCUAAAAAAUAAAGUCCAUUUUGGAGCAAAUAGAUCAAGUCCGUUCGUUUCUCACCUACCUAUUUACAAUCGUAGUAGAGCUGAAUUGACGCAUCGCCCACGCCUUGACUACAUAUCAUCAAGAAAACAUACUAGUGUAGGACCUGAUAUAGAAAUAACAUCAAUCGUGACGGGGGCA